AUGUGGACGAACCUGAUGCCGAGCGUGCGGUGCAAGGAGCUGCACAGCCAGAGUGAGCGCGCGCGGCUCUACGCCUCGUUCGCUAGGAGAGGCUUCAGGAGCCUGGCGCUGGUCGGAGCGAGCGAUGAAGACGCUUUGGACCUCAUCCACACCUACCCCCUCUCCGGCAAGCAGCUCACCUGCCUCAGCCUCAGGUGUUCCAGCCUCACCGACCGGGGUCUGGAGGCCCUCAUAGACCACCUACAGGUAAGUGAUUCCACUCUUAUACUAGCUGAUAAUGAAGGAGUCCUUCGUCAACAGUGCUGGGUCUAUCUUGUUAAAUAG